ACGGCCAGUCUUUAGCGGCUCGCCGCGUCGAACUGUUGUGGACUACUUAAUUUUUGAGUUUUUUUUUUUUUUUUUUUGUUGUUGUUAAAUAAUUAUUAACAUGUUAAUCAAAAAGCCGCGUUAAUGUACAAAAUAAAAAAAUAAAUUAAAAGUGUAAUUAUCGAUUUUAGUUUAAUCGAUGACUUUCAUCGUGGGAAAGUAAUUCCGGAUCAAAGGGAUAAGUGAUAGUUAGCUGUCAAGAUGGGGGCGAUGUUUAGGAGCGAAGAUAUGGCCCUCUGUCAGCUGUUCAUACAGCCAGAGGCUGCCUACCUUUCGGUCUCCGAACUCGGUGAAACUGGAACAGUUCAGUUUCGUGAUCUUAAUGGCGAUGUAAACUACUUUCAAAGAAAAUUUGUAAAUGAAGUACGUCGCUGUGAUGAGAUGGAGCGCAAACUUCGUUACAUUGAAGCCGAAGUGAAAAAGGAUGGAGUAUCCAUCGCAGAUAAUCUUACUGAAUUGCCACGCGCUCCAAAUCCCCGGGAGAUUAUAGAUCUUGAGGCACACCUAGAAAAGACGGAGAACGAGAUACUUGAGCUGAGCCACAAUGCGGUGAAUCUGAAGAGUAACUACCUCGAGCUUACGGAGUUGCGUCACGUUCUCGAGAAAACGCAGGUUUUUUUCACGGAGAAUCAAGGUUCGCUUCUUCUUCUGUAUCAACAGGAAGAGGCCAACGACUCAAUCACCCGGGCACUGAUAAAUGAGGAGGCGCAGAAUCAGAGCGCUACGGGUCGCGGACGACUCGAAUUCGUUGCUGGCGUGAUCAAUCGUGAGCGAGUUCCAGCCUUCGAGCGGAUGCUGUGGCGGAUAUCCAGGGGAAACGUUUUUCUACGGCAGGCAGAACUUGAAAAACCAUUGGAAGAUCCAAGCACAGGUAAUGAAAUUUACAAAACGGCAUUCGUAGCCUUUUUUCAAGGAGAACAACUAAAGAGUCGCAUUAAGAAAGUAUGCACUGGAUUUCAUGCGUCUCUUUAUCCCUGUCCAAAUACAAAUUCAGAGCGAUUGGAAAUGGUCAAGGGUGUUCGUACACGUUUAGAGGAUUUAAAUUUGGUUCUAAACCAAACUCAGGAUCAUAGACAACGUGUUCUUCACAAUGUAGCUAAAGAAUUACCAAAUUGGAGUAUAAUGGUUCGUAAAAUGAAAGCUAUUUAUCAUACAAUGAAUUUGUUUAACAUGGAUGUUUCAAAAAAGUGCCUCAUUGGAGAAUGUUGGGUCCCUGUUGCGGAUCUAGCAAUUGUUCAAAAUUGUUUAACGGAAGGGUCGCGUCUCUGUGGAAAUUCAAUACCAUCUUUCUUGAAUGUCAUUCACACGGAUGAAGAUCCGCCAACAUUUAAUAGAACUAACAAAUUUACCAGAGGAUUCCAAAAUUUAAUUGAUGCCUAUGGAGUAGCUUCCUAUCGUGAAGCAAAUCCUGCUCUGUAUACUAUAAUUACUUUUCCGUUCCUUUUUAGUAUUAUGUUCGGUGAUGCAGGUCAUGGUUUGCUAAUGACAUUGUUUGGACUCUACAUGGUUGUAUGGGAGAAGAAAUUAUCAGCAAAAAAGACAAACAAUGAAAUUUGGAACAUUUUCUUUGGAGGCCGCUACAUUAUACUUUUAAUGGGUUUGUUUUCCAUCUACACUGGUAUUGUCUACAAUGAUCUGUUCUCAAAAUCAGUUAACAUAUUUGGAUCUAGCUGGAAAUCAUCUUACAAUUAUACAACGUUAAAAGAUAAUCACUAUUUGCAAUUGAAUCCAAAUACAGAAGGUUACAGUCAAUAUCCAUAUCCAAUUGGAGUCGAUCCAGUAUGGAUGGUUGCUGAAAAUAAAAUUAUCUUCCUUAAUUCUUAUAAGAUGAAGCUAUCGAUUAUCUUUGGGGUUGUUCAUAUGAUUUUUGGAGUCUGUAUGAGUGUUGUUAAUAUUAUACACUUUAAGAAAUAUGCGAGUCUCUUUCUUGAAUUCUUACCUCAACUUCUUUUCUUGAUACUUUUAUUCUUCUACAUGGUGUCACUGAUGUUUUUGAAAUGGAUUCUUUACUCGGCUACAAAUGACAGUUUAAAAUAUAAACCCGGCUGUGCACCUUCUGUAUUAAUUACAUUUAUAAAUAUGAUGCUCUUUGGAAGUUCGCCAGUUCAAGAAGGUUGUUCCGAGUUCAUGUUCGAAGGUCAAAAACCUCUUCAGUUGGUCUGUGUUUAUCUUGCAUUGAUUUGCAUUCCAGUGAUGUUGUUUGGAAAACCACUUUAUAUUAAAUUUUCCAAGAAACAACCAGGCCGGAUUAUGACAAAUGGCUCUGCAUCUCAAGAUAUUGAAUUACAACCGGAAGGUUAUGAAUUAACUCCAACAACUUCGGGUGGAAAUGGAACAGGAGGACACGGUCAUGAUGAUGGUGGUUUUGGUGAGCUGAUGAUCAAUCAAGGUAUUCAUACAAUAGAGUAUGUGUUGUCAACAAUUUCGCAUACGGCGUCAUAUUUACGUCUUUGGGCACUGUCACUGGCUCAUGCUCAAUUAUCGGAAGUUCUUUGGAAUAUGGUGAUGCAAAAAGGUCUUCGCGCCGAUGAAGGAGAUUACGUCAAAUCUGUAAUGUUAUUCAUUGCUUUUGGAGCCUGGUCCCUAUUUACCUUAGCCAUUUUGGUCAUGAUGGAAGGACUUUCUGCUUUUUUGCAUACACUUCGUCUUCAUUGGGUGGAAUUUAUGAGUAAAUUUUAUGAAGGUAAUGGCUAUCCUUUUCAACCUUUCUACUUUAAAACGAUCUUUGAUACAGAAGACGCUGAAGAAUAGAUAAUGAAAUUGUUUAAAAAACACAAAUUAUUGUUAAUUUUAAUAUUUAUCGAAAAUGAUGAACAUUACAGCACGAAUGUUGUUAGUGUGCGAGUGAAAGAGAGAGAGGGAGAGAGAGAAAGAGAGAGAGAGAGGGAGGGAGAGAAAGUAUAUAAUAUUCAGAUAAAUUCUCUCUGAAUCCUAUUUUACACUCUUUCAGGCGUAACCGUCCAAUUUAAGCGAAAAAAAUGUCUUACCACAAUGCGAUGAUUUGUAAAAUUUUUACUAAAUCAUAUUCAUAAAAUCACCAAAAUAUGUUUUUUAAGUUAUCAUUAAAAGUCAGUAAAAAAAAACCCCCCACCUAAUAAUUUUAAAUAAAGUGAGUCAGUUUGUAUAAUUUUUUUUUUUUUAAUUUGCAAUUACUCUUGUGUUUCGCCUGAUGGUUGCGAUAGAAAUGAAUGAUAUUUUUAUUAUCGAUUUUAAAUCAUCACUGUAACACUGAAAUAUUUCUAUUUUCAGUAUAAGUCAAAUUUUAAUGAAAUUUGUUCAGAUGAUAAAUUCCAAUUAAGUUUGAAUUUUGUGUUUUCUUUUUUUUUGUUAUAAUGAAUUUGUUGCUUUGUUAUCUAAUACAGAUAGAAAAAAUACUGUCACUUGUAAAUUUUGAUAUUUAUUAAAAUAUUAAAUCCACAAUUUUAUUAAUCUGUUACAUAUACAUAUUAUUAACGACGCAAUUUUUAAGUGUUACUAUAUAAAGUGUUUCAAGUUUCACACAAGAAAUUGUAUUCUUUACAACAAUGUUAUGAAACACUUUUGAAUAAUUCUAGAAAUAAUUAUAUGGACCAAGUUACGCUUUGAAAAUCCAUAAAGUUAAUAUAAUUAUAUAAAUAAAUUUUUGUUUGUUAAAAUAAAAUUGUAAACCCUCACAGCACGGGAUAUUUGAGGAUAUUCCUGGGACAUCCUAGGGAUAUCUAUUUGAUUCCGCUGGUUUGGAUAUCCCUAGGAUAUCCUAGGAUAUUAUCUGGAUAUCAUAGGGAUAUUCAAAUCGCGGGAAGGAAAUGGAUAUCCACAGGCUGUACCAGGGAUAUCAUUAAAUAUCCAAUGCUGUGAGGGUGAAGAAUCAAAAUGAUAUCCCUAGGAUAUCCUGAAUAUCCGGAUGCUGUUAGGAACUUGAACUAUUGAUUUUAAUUUUUUCAAAAAAAAAUUUCCUAACUCGAUCUAAAUUAUUAUUUCUAGAAUGAUUCUUUUAUAAAUAAAGUGCUGAAAAAAAUUUACACUAAUUGCAAAA